AUGUCUCAAUGGACAAAAUUGAGCAAUAUAGCUGGCCGCAAGAGAACUAUAAUUGCUGCAAAUAUCAUAUUUUUGGCCUUCUCGCUUGGGUGUGGUUUGGCUCGAAAUAUGAAUCAGUUGAUUAUAUGUCGAUCUCUGCAAGGUGUUGGAGGAGCAGGGGUAUACUCAAUGGUAAUUUUAUGCAUUUAUGGUGAGCAAAAAUGGCAAGCUUUUAUCAAGUUCAUCUCAAGGACAAGCUUACUGAGAUUUGUCUUUAAAGAGGUUAGCCCAAAGACAGAGAGACCAUUGUACGGUGCCAUGGUUGCCACUGUGAUUGCACUUGCAUCUCUGACUGGGCCCAUCUUUGGUGGAUUACUGGCUCAGAAUUUGGCUUGGAGAUGGACCUUUUAUAUCCAUAUUCCACCUGGAGCUUUGGCAGUAUUGAUGUUGUUGGUUGGACUCCCAUCUUCGUUUGGAACUGUCACACCGCAGCCAUUGUCUUGUUUACUACCAAGCCUUACAUUAUUCAAGAAGCUUGAUGCUCUAGGCGGCUUUUUGCUUGUCGGUGCUUCUCUUCUAUUGGUCACUGUGCUGAACGAGACAACCAUAGAGUUUGAUUGGUCUUCAAGGACGGCCAUUGGGCUUCUCGCUCUUUCGGGUACCCUGUGGAUCGCAUUUUUUUUAUGGGAAUGGUAUAUACCACAAUAUAUGCCGGAGAUUGAGCCAAUGUUCCCGAGGCGUUUUCUUUAUAAUAAAGCAUGGAUGGGAAUGUUAUUGACCAACUUUCUCUGCGGCUGUCCUUGGAAUGUAGUUAUUGUCUAUCUUGCUCAAAGAUUUCAAGUUGUCUCCAACCUUUCGCCACUCGAAGCCGGUGUUCAUAUCAUACCAUACUCCGCUGUGGCAACGGUCGCAACGAUGCUUGCUUGUCUUGCGAGCCGCAAAUUCCGGAUACCAGUGGUGUACUUUGCCCUUCUUGGAUCAAUUCUCCACACUGUUGGAAUGGCACUUCUAUCAACACUCCCUGAGACAACUACAUACCCCAGAGAGGGGUACGGAUAUGAGGCCAUUGCUGGUGCCGGUGUGGGAAUCACAAUUGGAAUUCUGACCUUGGCUGUACCUUUCGUUGUUGAAACAAGAGAUCUAGCAACGGCAACUGGUGCCCUUAACCAGGCUAGAUUUUUGGGAGGAGCUCUAGGACUGGCUAUUGCGUCCAACAUCCUCUAUGGAAGACUCGAAAGCCACUUGUCGGAUAAAUUAACUCCUGAACAGGUGAAUGAAGUGCUUCAAAGAGCCGGUGAUAUGGGGAGUCUACCGGAGAAUGUGCAAAAGGCAGCGAUUAGUGUCUUUACGGGAAGUUACACACUUCAAUUCCAGGCGAUGAUCGCCUUUUCCUCCGCACAGAUCCCCGCAUCGUUGCUGCUUUUUAGGCGCGGGGGCCAAUAUGUUGCUUCUUAG